GAAGAAGAAGGAGCUUUGAUCAAUGGUAGAUUCAUCAACUAUCUGAUAGGAGAAGGAGAAGCAAUUGACUGAGACUGUUCUGCUGGAAUCUCCAGUUGAAGUCGGACUUCUUUAAUCGUAUUUCGAACAUUAUUAUUUUUGUGUCAGGAUCAUGCUUAUAUAGCACUGGUGAGACGAUUCACUGUGGCAUAUAUGGAGUCGACUGUUGCUGGUUUAAGGGAUACCUCUGUUGUUGUUGCUACACUGGAUACUGGUGAAGUCUAUAUUAUAGUCAGUUUGUCUACGAGGAGUGAUACUCAGGUGAUUUAUGUUGAUCCGACAACUGGAGCACUCCGAUACAAUGGGAAGCUGGGAGAUGAUGUUUUCAAUUCUGAAGAUGAAGCUCUGAACUUCAUCACAAAUGGGUCACGGUGGCUGUGUAAGAGUAGAACUAAUGCUCGAGCUAUACUGGGUUAUGCAACCCUUGGAAGCUUUGGCUUUCUUCUGGUUGCCACAAAAUUGACUGCCACCAUAACAAAUUUACCUGGGGGUGGAUGUGUAUAUACAGUGACUGAGAGUCAAUGGAUCAAGAUUCUGCUUCAAAAUUCUCAACCCCAGGGUAAAGGGGAGCUGAAGAAUGUCCAAGAAUUGUCUGAGCUUGAUAUUGAUGGGAAGCACUAUUUCUGUGAAACAAGGGAUAUCACUCGCCCUUUCCCUAGCUGUAUGCCGUUGCAGAAUCCAGAUGAUGAAUUUGUUUGGAAUAGGUGGUUGGCAAUGCCUUUCAAAUACAUCGACCUGCCGCAGCACUGUGUCAUUCUUCUGCAGGGGUUUGCAGAAUGUCGGGGUUUUAGAGGCUCAGGUCAGCAAGAAGGUUUUGUUGCCCUCACAGCACGUCGUAGCAGAUUACAUCCUGGUACUCGCUACUUGGCUAGAGGGUUGAAUUCAUGCUUUAGCACAGGAAAUGAAGUUGAGUGUGAGCAACUCGUAUGGGUUCCUAGGAGGAGUGGUCAAAGUGUUCCUUUCAACAGAUACCUUUGGCGAAGGGGUACUAUACCAAUCUGGUGGGGUGCUGAAUUAAAGAUCACUGCUGCAGAAGCAGAAAUUUAUGUUUCAUCUUGUCAUCCAUAUAAAGGAAGUUCACAGUAUUAUCAGAGGUUAAGUAGGAGAUAUGGUGCUCGGAAUUUAGAAGUAACUGCAGGAGGUAGUCAGAAUAAAAAACCCUUCGUUCCUGUUUUAUGUGUCAACUUACUCAGAAAUGGAGAAGGAAAGUCAGAAUCUAUCUUGGUUCAGCACUUUGAGGAAUCAUUAAACCAUAUUGGAUCGACUGGAAAACUUCCAUACACCAGGAUUCAUUUAAUAAAUUAUGAUUGGCAUGCGACCAUAAAAUAUAAAGGUGAGCAACAAACAAUUGAAGAACUGUGGAAACUUCUGAAACAACCCACAAUAACUGUUGGGAUUUCUGAUGGGGAUUAUCUACCUUCACGGCAGCGACUUAAUGAUUGUGAAGGAGAAAUUGUCUGUAAUGAGGACUUCCAAGGUGCCUUUUGCUUAAGAUCACAUCAAAAUGGGGUGCUACGUUUCAAUUGUGCAGAUUCUUUGGACAGAACCAACGCGGCUAGCUAUUUUGGAUCACUUCAAGUUUUUGUUGAGCAAUGUAGACGGUUAGGGAUAUCACUUGAUACUUUUCCAUCAAUAAAUAAUAAUGAUGGGUAUAUUGCUCCUUUGCCACCAGGGUGGGAGAAGCGUUCUGAUGCUGUUACUGGAAAAACAUAUUAUAUUGAUCAUAACACAAGAACCACAACCUGGGUUCAUCCAUGUCCUGAUAAACCUUGGAAGAGAUUCGAUAUGACAUUUGAUGAAUUCAAGAGGUCAACAAUGUUAUCUCCUGUAUCUCAGCUUGCAGACCUUUUUCUACUUGCUGGGGAUAUUCACGCGACACUUUAUACUGGUUCCAAAGCUAUGCACAGUCAGAUACUUAGUAUAUUUAAUGAAGAAUCUAGUAAAUUUAAACAGUUCUCUGCUGCACAGAAUAUGAAGAUCACUUUGCAGAGAAGAUAUCAAAAUGCAGUUGUUGAUAGCUCCCGUCAGAAGCAAUUGGAAAUGUUCCUUGGAAUGAGGCUUUUCAAGCACCUCCCAUCAGUAGCCAUUCAUCCUUUAAAAGUAUUAUCCCAGCCACCUGCUUGUUUUUUGAAGCCAGUUGUGAACGUGUUUGCAAGUUCAAAUAAUGGUGAUGAUCUUUUGAGUUUCAAGAGGAAAGAGCUAAUAUGGGUUUGUCCACAAGCUGCAGAUGUUGUUGAACUUUUUAUUUAUCUUCAAGAGCCUUGCCAUGUUUGCCAGCUUCUUCUUACAGUUUCGCAUGGAGCAGAUGAUUCAACUUUUCCAGCUACAGUUGACGUAAGGACAGGGUCUAAUUUAGAUGGGCUUAGACUUGUUGUUGAGGGAGCUUCCAUACCCCAAUGUUUAAAUGGGACAAACCUUUCGAUACCCUUACCGGGUGCUGUUAGUCCAGAAGAUGUGGCUGUCACUGGUGCAGGUGCACGCCUUCAUGCUCAAGAUACAUCUUGCCUUUCAUUCUUGUAUGAUUUUGAAGAAUUGGAGGGUGAUUUGAACUUUCUCACCCGUGUGGUUGCACUUACAUUUUAUUCUUCUGGUCCUGGAAAAACUCCUAUAACUAUUGGUGAGGUGGAGGUACUUGGAGUUUCUCUUCCUUGGGGGGGCAUAUUAACAAUGGAAGGACGUGGUGCGAAAUUCUGGGAUCUUGCCAACAAAUGUCAGAAAGAGACCAACACUUUUCUGUGUGGUUCAGAUAAUAAUCCAUUUGGUCGUGCAUCUUUCUCCAAUGAAAAUGUGUUGCGACCAGCACAACCAAUUGCCUCCAUAGAUCUCUUGACUGGAGAUAACAUGUUUCCAGAAUUCACUGAGCAACCACAUACAAGCAAUGCUAGCUCUAGGAGAGGUGAUGCACUUGAUUUCCUUGAUAAUGCUGUGAUAGAGCACUGGGCUCCUGAUGCAGAUUCUAAAUUCUCUUCUUCAUUACAACAUGGGAGACCUACAGAUGAUGGCAGUGUCCAACAUUACAUUAGUUGCUUAAAGGCACUAUCCGGUCCACAGUUGGAUAGGAAGCUGGACUUCACAGAAGCGAUGAACCUUGAAAUUGAACGUUUCCAAGUGAACCUUUCUGCUGCUGACAGGGACAGAGCUUUAUUAUCAGUUGGUACUGAUCCUGCUACUUUAAACCCAAAUGCCUUACUUGAUGAGUAUUACAUGGGAAGAUUAUGCAGAAUUGCAAACAGCCUUGCAUUGUUGGGACAAGCUGCACUUGAGGACAAAAUUAAUGGUUCCAUUGGUCUUGAGACAGUUGAUGAUGAUUAUAUAGAUUUUUGGAAUAUUACUGGAAUUGGAGAGACCUGCUCUAGUCCCAGCUGUGAGGUUCGUGCUGUAACGCAACCUGCUGCCAACAUGUCUUCUAUGGUGUCAACUCGAGGAGCUUCACCAUCUGUCUUUGUAUGUUCUCAUUGUGGAAGAAAGGUUUGCAAGGUUUGUAGUGCUGGGAGUGGGGCCCUCCUGCUUUCAACUUUUAACUCAAAGGAGGUAUCAAGUGUUAGUGGUGUCUCAAGCCAGAGCGGGUCAAGCCAUGGCAGUCAAACUGAUUCCAUCUCCACCAACCGUUUAUCUACAAUAGAUGGGGUUAUCUGUAAAUCAUGCUGCAGUGAUGUUGUGCUUGAUGCAUUAAUUCUAGACUAUGUCAGGGUCUUGAUUAGCAUGCGGAGAAGUGCCCGUGCAGACAGUGCAGCACAUAAAGCUGUGGACCUGGUGAUAGGAGUUCCAUUAAGAGAUUUUGUUGUUGAAAAGAACAGAAUGUCUGAAGGUCGUCAAGCUGGUAUUAUGUCAAGGAAACUACUUGGUAGAGAGGAAUCACUCGCUGAAUUUCCAUUUGCCAGCUUUUUACAUUCGGUUGAAACUGCCAUCGGCUCAGCACCAUCAUUGUCAUUACUUGCUCCUACUGAUUCUGGCUCACAGCAUUCGUAUUGGAGAGCUCGCCCUAGUACCUCCUCUAUUGAAUUUGCCAUUGUUCUUGGCAGUCUAUCUGAUGUCUCUGGGGUCAUAUUACUUGUUAGUCCAUGUGGUUAUUCAGUAGUUGACUGUCCUACGGUGCAAAUAUGGGCUAGUAAUAAGAUAAACAAGAAUGAACGCUCAUUCAUGGGAAAAUGGGAGGUGCAGUCCAUGAUCACUUCGGAAUUUUAUGGAGCAGAACAGUCAGGGAAAGGUAAUGAUGUUCCAAGGCAUGUGAAAUUCACAUUCCGAAAUACCAUUCGAUGCCGUAUCAUUUGGAUAACACUUCAUCUUAGACGGCCUGGUUCAAGUUCUGUUAAUUUGGAAAAGGGGUUGAAUCUUCUUUCUCUAGACGAGAACCCCUUUGCCAAAAUCAGUCGACGUGCCUCUUUUGGAGGGUCUGUUGAAAGUGAGCCAUGCCUUCAUGCAAAAAGGAUCUUAGUGGUUGGGAACCCUGUGAGGAAAGAUCUAGGACCUACAUCUCCUCAGGGGCCAGAAAAGAUAAAUUUGAAAGCAUGGUUGGAGAGUGCUCCUCAAUUAAAUCGAUUCAAGGUUCCAAUUGAGGCUGAAAGAUUGAUGAACAAUGAUCUUGUCUUGGAACAAUAUCUCUCACCAGCUUCACCUCAGUUGGCUGGAUUUCGUCUCGACGCUUUCAGUGUGAUGAGACCUCGAAUCACCCAUUCACCACCUUCUUUUAAUGUGAAUAACCAGGAGAUUUCUUUAACAUUUUUGGAAGACAGACAUAUUUCUCCUGCAGUCUUGUUUAUCCAAGUAUCAGCUCUCCAGGAGCCUGACAAGAAGUUGGUUACCGUUGGAGAAUACCGUCUGCCUGAGGUUCGAGUUGGAACUGCUAUGUACUUUGAUUUCCCAAGACAGAUACAGUCUUCCCGGAUCACCUUCAAACUUCUUGGAGAUGUGGCAGCUUUUUCUGAUGAUCCAGUUGAAUAUGAUGACCCUGAUUCCAGAGCUCCACCAUUGGCAUCAGGAUUGUCUUUGUCAAAUAAAAUUAAGUUGUAUUAUUAUGCUGAUCCUUAUGAACUCGGGAAAUGGGCAAGCCUUUCCGCUGUUUGAAUAUUAUUUAUUUAUUUAGAAAUAGGGGUGGGGAGCUUAAUGUAUUGGUUGUGAUUGUUAUUGUCAUUAAUUUUAACUUUAUAUGAGUGUAACAAUAUCAAUUAUUUUAAAUCAACAUUUGUAUAUUGUUUAUGUUGGACAGAAAAAACAGAGAAAGGCUUAUUCAUC